CCAGAGGCGGGAUUUCUGUAGUGCAGGGGAAAACCAAGUGGCCGACGUCGAAGUGGAUUUCUCGCGGCCUGGCGGUUUACUUGUAUGUUAAAGAAAAGGAAACAUAACGUUACGAAGUAUUUGUCACGCCUCGGACGGAUUAACACACUACCUCGAAGCCACUACAAAGUCUCCGUCAUAUCAGACGGUCUGCAGAGUCGAUGGAAGGUCUGAACUAGAGCUCGGGUGGACACAACAAGACAGCAAGAAGAAACAGGAAAUAACUGAAUGGCCAUGGCCUACUCCAGCUACAGCAACCUAAGCAGGGCUCAGCUCACCUUUGAAUACCUGCACACGAAUUCCACAACCCAUGAGUUCCUAUUUGGAGCCUUGGCGGAACUUGUUGAUAAUUCAAGGGAUGCCAAUGCCACACGAAUAGACAUUUACACAGAAAAGAAGCCGGAGCUGCGGGGCGGCUACAUGCUCUGUUUUCUGGAUGAUGGCACUGGAAUGGACCCAAAUGAAGCAACCCACGUUAUUCAGUUUGGAAAGUCAAACAAACGAUCCCCUGAGUCCACUCAGAUCGGCCAGUACGGAAACGGAUUGAAAUCUGGCUCUAUGCGAAUGGGGAAAGACUUCAUCUUAUUCACAAAAAAGGGCAACACGCUGACAUGCCUUUUCCUGUCCAGGACGUUCCAUGAAGAGGAGGGACUGGAUGAGGUGAUAGUGCCCCUCCCCUCCUGGGAUCUGAGGACCAAAGAGCCACUAACCUCUGACCCAGAGAAGUACGCCAUAGAGACGGAGCUCAUCUUCAAAUACUCACCUUUUAAAAAUGAACAGCAGCUGAUGGAGCAGUUCAACAAGAUAGAGAGCAGCAGUGGCACUCUGGUGAUCAUCUAUAAUCUGAAGCUGAUGGACAACGGAGAACCAGAGCUGGAUGUGGACACAGAUCAUCAGGACAUACUAAUGGCUGGGACAGCAGCUGAAGGAGUGAAGCCAGAGAGGAGGUCGUUCAGGGCAUACGCCGCUGUGUUGUAUAUUGACCCACGCAUGAGGAUUUUCAUCCAGGGACAUAAAGUCAGGACCAAGAGAUUGUCGUGUUGUCUUUAUAAACCGAGGAUUUAUAAAUACUCAUCAACUCGUUUCAAAACUCGUGCUGAGCAAGAAGUGAAGAAAGCUGAUCACCUCGCUAAGAUUGCGGAAGAGAAAGCCAAAGAGGCGGAGAGCAAGCGGGUAGCUUUGGAGGCUAGACUGGGAGACGACCUGUCGAAAGAUUCAAGGGCAAUCCUGAGAAAGGUUCAAGAUUCAGCCAUGAUGCUCCGACGGGAUGCUGACAUGAAGAAAAUGAUUCUUGAAGCUAAGCAGAAAGCCCUGAAGGAGCCCAAGGAGUUGAACUUCAUAUUUGGAGUAAACAUCGAACAAAGAGAGCUGGACGGGAUGUUUGUGUACAACUGCUCUCGUCUUAUUAAGAUGUAUGAGAAGACUGGUCCCCAGCUGGAGGGAGGCAUGGCAUGUGGAGGUGUGGUUGGAGUGGUGGAUGUCCCGUAUUUAGUCUUAGAGCCAACUCACAACAAACAAGACUUUGCAGAUGCAAAGGAGUAUCGACAUUUACUGAAGUCCAUGGGGGAUCAUUUAGCACAGUACUGGAAGGACACUAACAUCGCUCAAAAAGGAAUAGCAAAGUUCUGGGAUGAGUUUGGGUAUCUGUCCGCCAGCUGGUCAGCACCUCCUUCACCAGAGUCCAGAUACAAGAGACGUCGCGCAAUGGAGAUACCAAUAACUAUUCAGUGUGACAAAUGUUUAAAGUGGAGAACGCUGCCUUUCCAGAUGGAUGCUGUGGACAAACGUUACCCAGACAGUUGGGUGUGUCUCAUGAACCCAGACAGCACUCAGGACAGGUGUGACGCUCCUGAACAAAAGCAGAAUUUGCCCUGUGGUGUUCUGAAGAAAGACAAGCAAACAGCUGAAGACAAACAGAAAGAGCUGUCAGACAAAAUCAAACAGCAGCAAGAUAAACUUCAGGCCCUGCAGAAAACCAGCACCAUCAAAUCUGCUGCAGAUAUAAAGAAGCUACCACUGGAGGUCAGCAUGAAACCAACAGAGAGCACUUCUCAGGCAACUAGGUCUUCUGAAAGGUCCACAACACGCCCUCGCUCCCCACCUCUCCCAGCUCAUCUAAAAAAUGCCCAGAGUACUCCUCCAUCUCGUGCAUCUUCUCAGCGCUCCACCCGAACACCUGCAACUGCACCUCCCAAAGUCGACGCUUCCAGGUCGAGAGCUGCGGCAAAGCCUCCACCACCUGCAGCAAAGUCUGUGGCCAAAGCUUCUGCCAAAACACCUCCAGCCAGCCGCAGCUCACGGACCCCCGCCAAAGCAACACCAGCCAAACCUGCAGCUGCUGGACAACGCAAGAGAAUCAUAGAGGAGGACAGUGAAGAGGAGGAGGAGGAGGAGGAAGAAGAGGAAGAAGAGGAGGAGAAGGAGGAUGAUGACAGUGAGGAGGAGAGUGAAGAGGAACAACCACAAACAAAGAAAUCAAAGAUGGCCGCAGCAGUUGCCAAUCGUGGUAAAGUGGUGGAGAAAGCCACACCUCCCAAACGUGGCAAGCUGGACGAGGUUAACAAACGCUCACAGCCUGAGAAGAAAGAGGUUUCUACCCCAGCACGGCAGACACCAACAACACCAUCCUGUGGCCUUAAAUCUCUUUCCUUGCAGCAGCAUGUUGCUAAACCAAAGGUAUCCGAGAAGCCACAGCAGCAGGAACCAGAGAACGACGCUAAAAAUGCUCAGAGAGAUAAGGGGCUGCUGGUGGAAGUACGUGUCAACAAAGUCUGGUACACGGGCAAAGUCAUGGCUGUGGAGGCAAAUAAACAAAGUGUUCGGUGGAAGGUGAAAUUUGACUAUGUCCCUCGCUCCACCCCUAAAGACCGAUGGGUGUUUAAAGGCAGCGAUGACGUCCGGUUGAUGCGGCCGCCAUCUCCAAUCUCUCAGACACCUGACACCCAACAGGAGACUGAGAAGGGUCGGGCAGCCAUGGAGCCCGACACUACUCAACCAGGAACCAGCCGAGAGGUGACUGAGAGUCUGGUCACUAUGUUGAGAACAAUGCUGCGUUAUUUCUUUCCUCCUGCUUUCCGGAUUCCAAAGGAUGAUGUUAACAGCAUGACGGCAGAAGAGCUAGUGGCUUUUCCUUUGAAAGAGUAUUUCCAGCAGUAUGAAUCAGGUCUCCAGUCUUUGUGUAACUCGUACCAGAGCCGGGCGGACGCUAGGGCUAAAGCUGUUGAGGAGAAGAGUAACAGCACUGAGGUCAAACUGAAGGAGGCAGACGAGAAACUACAGAAAUUACGAACAAACAUUGUAGCACUUCUGCAAAAAGUACAAGAGGACAUUGACAUCAACACAGACGACGAGCUUGAUGCAUACAUAGAGGACCUCCUAACCAAAGGUGAUUAAGGAAGACAAAACUGAGACAUAUAAGAGAGAAGAGGACUUGCACAUUAACAAACUGGCAAUUUUAAUCCAGCCAUUAUUUGCCAACAGCUCUCAAAGGACUUGUGCUUUUGUGCAGAGUUGGCUGUGAAUAUUUGGGGAUAUUUUCAUUGUAGAUCCCUCCACUUCUUAAAUCUGAUUGUCAUGACUUUGAUCUUUGUGUUUUAUUGUUUAUUUAGUCAGAACCUGUGCACUCUUUAAGUUUCUCCAUUGUUGGUUAGUUUAUUCGCCUGUGGCUUCCUUUUGAGUCCUUUUUUUAUAUAGCUGCUUAUAUAUGUUAGUCCGUGUUCAAGCCAUCCCUCCUAAUUGAUCUGAAAGUGGUUUGUGUAGAUUUAAUCCAAGUUAUGCUCCCUUUAUAAAGUCAAAUAAUACUGUUUAAACUGCAGACUACACUUGUUAUUCAUUACGGUCGAUUGGCAGGAUUUGGGUUUGACUGGUUGUUGUUUUGAACUGCAGCCUGUACUUCAGCAUUGACAUUUAUUUUUCUACACUACAGUCACCUCAGUGUUGCUCCUUACCUUACUCUUUCCUGGUCUGACAGUUAAACCAAACCAGGUUAAUGUUUUACAGCUGGGUGAUGUACCACACCCACAAAUAAGAUCUUCUUACUGGGUUUUAUCAGUAUGAUUAUUCUCCCGUACCCUUCCUAAAUUUAAGCUAUGACUUUUCUGUGUUUAUUUUUGGAAGAUAAAAGAUUCCCAUUUAAAUGCAAAGGUUGUGUGUUCAUUAUUAUUAUUCAGUGCCUGUGUCCUUCUUUUUGAACAGAUUUUUAACAUGUCAUGGAAAUGUUUUAUUGAACAGUGCAUGCUUUCCGUCUUUAUGUUCUGAUUGGAACAAAGGAUUCUGUAUUUUUGAAAAAUCUUUACUUAAAACAAUAAAACCGGUUCAGUAACAACUUA